AUUGUAAGAGAAAUAGAUAAAACUUUAGAAGUACUUGACUUUCAUUCGAUUUUAACUCCUAUUAAUCUAAAAGCUACAGAAGCAAAUUUUAAUUCUCAUGCAGGAUAUUAUCCACAUCAAAAUAAAAAUAGUGAUAUAACAUUUCAAAAAGAAACUAGAUUAGAAAAUACUAUGAAAUGUGUUGCUUAUGAGCUUAAUAAUAAAAUAGAUGAAAGUGAAUUACUGAUUUCUAAUAGAAUUUUACUUGAAUGGCAUGAUACUGAAGAAGAUUCUAAUAAACUAUUAGAAAUAAUAGAGGAAAAUAUUAGCAAAGCUAAGCUCAGAUCAACUAUUUUAAUAGAUUCAAAGCAGUAUCUUUUGUUAGUUUUUUUACAACCAUGUACUAAUUGUGGUAAUAUUCAAGUUUCUAAAUAUACUUAUAUUGUUGAUACUAUUGGGUUUGCAAUAAAAAGUCAAAUUAUUUGUCAUUUAUAUUGUGAGAUAAUAGAAAAUGAUAAUGAACCAAGAAAUAUUCGCUAUUCAAAGGCAGUUUCAGCAGCAGCUUUGGUGGGUGGUUUUACUUAUUAUUCUUUGCAAAAUAUUUUUGCAUAUAUUGGAAUUACUAGUCAAAGUUGUAGAAAAAGUUAUUAUUUAUAUCAAGCACCAUUAUUUUCUUAUUUGGUUGCAAAUGCUAAAGAAUCUACAAUAUUCUGGUUAGAAAAAUCUUUAGAGAUUAUGAAACAAAAAAAUGCUAAUUAUUUACCUGUAAAUCAAGAUAUAGGAAAAACUAUUAAUCUUCAUGAAGAAAAUUUUAAAAAAAGUUCACGACAAAUGGAGCAUUGUAUACUUAUUGCUGUUUUGAAUGAAGUUGAAUUUUUUGUGACGGGGCCUAUAAAA